UUGGUGGAGGUUGUCAAGUUAGUUUCAAUAAAUCAACUAAACCAUCAUCAGUCAAGUCUCACUCCGUGACUCGGGCUGUAAGCAACAUCUUCUUCUUGGAAAUGGCUGUGAAAAUGUCAGCCAACAUUGUCAGUAACAGUGGGGAGGGUGGUGGAAGUGCAGAAGUAGGCAGUGUGCUGCUGAAGAUCUCAGAGAAACUCGUGUCCACCUUUGCACCAAACACCAAGACCCAGGACAACAAGAUCAUGAAGACACCUGUUUUGGAAGCUGACAUUCAGGCUAUAGGUCCAGAAAGACCUUCGAACCUGACUGCAGUUCAUUUGCUUGCGGUGAAGGAAAACAUAGUGUCAAUUAACCUUUCAGCAGUUGCAGAUAAAAGCAAUGGAUCAGCAGCUCUGAUGUUCAUGUCCCUGACUGGAUUAGAUACAUUCCUGAGUGCCCAGUACUUUAAAUCCGAGAAUGCCACGCAGAUGUACUCUGAUGUCGUUUCUGCCACCCUACUUUGGACAAAUAACACAGGCCUUCCAGAGCCUGUCAACUUCACUCUCCACCACAAGGGACUGGUGACUUGUGUGUACUGGGAAGAGAGUGGUGAUGUGAAGCGCUGGUCCACAGAGGGCUGCAUGGCCAUCGUCUCGGAUGGAAACAGCACCAUCUGCACCUGCACCCACCUCUCUACCUUUGCUGUCAUCCUGCAGACUGAGAAGGCAGUGCAAAAAGAGGACCCUUUGUUGGAGUGGGUCAACCUGGUCUGCAUGUGUGUUGGCCUGACAUUCCUUGGUCUUGCUGUCCUCACCUUCCUCUUUUGCACCUGGAACCCAAAGGUCAACAAUACAGCUCGUCUCCACCUCAGUCUCACCCUCUUCCUGGCCUACCUGCUCUUCCUGGUGGGCCUGAAUCGCACAAAUAAUGCACUUGUGUGCUCUGCUAUAGCUGGGCUGCUGCACUUUCUGUUCCUGUCCAGCUUUGUGUGGAUGCUCCUGGAGACACUGCAGCUCUUCCUAUUGGUCAGGGGUCUGACCAAGGUACAGGCCAUCCAGAAGGAGGGGCUGAAGAAGCGUUACCUUUUGCUCAUAGGCUAUGGUACUCCCCUAGUUGUGGUGGGAGUUUCGGCGAGAGUCUUACCUUCCGGUUAUGGAAGUGCCGAAAAUGUGCGGGGGGCGCAGUGGAGCAGUGUGCAGUCGGUUGGACCAAGGUCCUGCUUUCCAGUGGGUCUGGGG